AACAUUUCUUUUUUUCCUUUUGUCUGUUAUAUUUUUUCUUCAGAUGGCGAAUCCCAUCCUCUAUGCAUGCCCUUCUCUCUCUGCAUCUCCGACACGGCGGUGAUAGGCGACGGCUGUGGAGACGACGGAUACGGCGGCGUUAGGGUUCCGGCAUGGCGGCGAAGAAGGCAUGCGAGGCUUUUCCCAAGAGAUUGAUGGAGGAUGUGCACAGAUGGGGUUGCAUGAAGCAGACGGGCGUGAGCCUGAGGUACAUGAUGGAGUUCGGUUCGAGACCCACCGAGAGAAACCUUUUGAUUUCGGCUCAGUUUCUCCACAAGGAGCUCCCGAUUCGGAUCGCGAGGAGAGCGAUCGAGCUCGAGAGCCUUCCCUAUGGUUUGUCCGAGAAACCCGCCAUUCUGAAGGUCCGGGAUUGGUAUGUAGAGUCGUUCAGGGACAUGAGAGCGUUUCCGGAGGUCAAAGAUACAGCCGACGAGAAGGAAUUCACCCAAAUGAUAAAGGCCAUCAAGGUGAGGCACAACAAUGUGGUUCCCAUGAUGGCUUUAGGUAUCAAUCAGCUUAAGAAAGGAUUGGGCCGAAAGAUUGUAUACGAGGAUCUGGACGAGAUUCAUCAGUUUCUUGAUCGGUUUUACCUCUCGAGAAUAGGGAUUCGGAUGCUUAUCGGGCAGCAUGUCGAGUUGCAUAAUCCAAACCCGCCCCCUCGCACCAUCGGUUACAUACACACUAAAAUGUCUCCUGUGGAAGUAGCGAGGAAUGCUAGUGAAGACGCCCGAGCAAUUUGUUUCAGAGAGUACGGAAGUGCACCCGAAAUAAGCAUUUAUGGAGAUCCAACCUUCACAUUUCCUUAUGUUCCAACCCAUUUGCAUCUCAUGGUAUACGAGCUUGUCAAGAACUCGCUACGUGCUGUCCAAGAACAGUUCAUGGACUCCGAAAAAGUUGCUCCACCUAUCCGCAUAAUAGUCGCCGAUGGAAUUGAGGAUGUCACAAUAAAGGUAUCUGAUGAAGGUGGAGGCAUACCAAGAAGCGGUCUGCCCAAAAUCUUCACAUACCUUUACAGCACUGCAAGAAAUCCCCUGGACGAGAAUAUCGAUCUUGGCACGGCCGAUGUCCCGGUGACAAUGGCUGGAUAUGGAUACGGUCUUCCGAUAAGCCGCUUGUAUGCUCGGUAUUUUGGAGGGGUUUUACAGAUCAUUUCCAUGGAAGGAUACGGGACUGAUGCGUAUCUCCAUUUGUCUCGCCUUGGAGAUUCUCAAGAGCCUUUGCCAUGACAGGCAAUGAAGUUAUUAGGGUUUUCAUGUACAUUCAUACCGUGUUUUGCUUUCAUUUUCUCCGUUCAGAUGGAGACUUGUAUCUCCUCUGAUUGAUUCGCAACCUGUUCCUUUCCAGUCGUCUUUUUUCUUGUGUCCGAAGCAGACAUUACAUUGAAAAAGAGAACAGCUCUUUCGACUUUUAAGUUAAUCAUAUUACUAUUGCUA